UCCUUUCCCUGACCGCACACGAACACAACAUGCAGACAUCCUCGCUCAUCACCUGCAUUUCUUCGAGCGACAGCGCGUGCUUGGAGGACGACUCGUUGGAAGACGAAGAAUUCGUUCUUCUCUCUCUCGGCCCGCCCGGUCAGCAUCACCGCCACCGCCACCACCACCACAUCUCUAAGCACCCUUUGUAUCAUCAUCAUCAUCAUCUUCCUCGUCCGAACCAAGACAAGUCGUUGCCAUCAGCAACGGCGGCGGCCGCUGAUGAUUGUCGUCACCAGGAUCAGAGCGUGACGGUGGCUCUUCACAUCGGCCUGCCGACCAGCGGAGUGAGCACAAACCCUAAUCUCAUCGAAGGGAAGUACUGGAUUCCUUCCCCUGCCCAGAUCCUUGUCGGCCCGACCCAGUUCUCUUGCCCUGUCUGCAGCAAAACCUUCAAUAGAUACAACAACAUGCAGAUGCACAUGUGGGGCCACGGAUCGCAGUACCGGAAGGGACCAGACUCGCUGAAGGGCACGAAGCCGGCAUCGUCUAUGCUGAGGCUGCCGUGCUACUGCUGCGCCCAGGGCUGCCGGAACAACAUCGACCACCCGAGAUCAAGGCCGCUCAAGGACUUCCGGACGCUCCAGACGCACUACAAGCGCAAGCACGGCGCGAAGCCCUUUGCGUGCCACAAGUGUUCGAAGCCCUUCGCGGUGCGCGGGGACUGGAGGACCCACGAGAAGAACUGCGGCAAGCUGUGGUUCUGCAUCUGCGGGUCUGACUUCAAGCACAAGCGGUCGCUCAAGGACCACGUCCGCGCGUUCGGGGAUGGUCACGCCCCUCACACCGUGGAGGUGUGCGAGCUCGAAGAGGAGGAGGAGGAGGAGGAGGAGGAGGAAGAGGAUGAUAGAGCGAUAGAAGACCAUUAUCGUAGGGUGGUUCAAGCUUCUGGUUACUUUUACUAGAACAGAAUUAGCGUUUUUUCGUUG